ACGUACAGUGUGUCAGUAUAACUUCUGACACGUACAGUUAUAUAAUAGCCGAGAAUACGAAAAAUUAUACUUGAAUGGAUCCAACGAAAAAGCAACUUUUAGUUUAUACAAGUCAAUCUUUCGAAAAAGUUUCGCGUUUCCUGGGAAUCAAUCUGUCGAGUUACAUAGGCAGAUUAUAUAGUCUUGCGCUCGUGGCAUUUCUCAUCUUUUUGAGUCAUAUAGCGUGGCAAACCAUCUGCACUGCUCACUGCGAAAACGGUUUUCUCAUAAAGGUAAUGCUAGCAGCAAGGUAUUCCCUAAUGAUUCUACUAUUGCUGAUUAUGGUGAGCACAUCUGUAUUUCGUCCAAAACAAUUUUCUUUCCCUCGCCAAGAAAUGUUUAUGGUGGAUUCCUUACUUGAAUCGUACGGCGCACGAUUCACCGACAGAGAUAUUUUCUUUGCGAAACAUCUGCAGGACAUUGCGGUAGCGAUAAUAAUAUUACUGGACGUGGCGGAAAACAUUUUUAAUAUAAUCGCUGAUUAUUCAUUCCAAAUGAUAUGCACCUGCUUUUUUAAUUGGUACACCAGAACGUACGUAACAAUGAUAGAUGGAUUGUUCAGUCAUCACAUGAACGAUAUAUAUCUAAGAUUCCGUGAACUGAAUAAGAUUACGAUACAGCAUUCGAGAGAAAAUCUGUCAGUUUCUUAUAUUGAUUUUACCGCAAGCUCAAACUUAUUUAAUAAACGCAGCAAUGCUGUAGUUACCAAAAUCCGUUCGAUUCAACAUAUUCAUCAUGGAUUGUAUAUAUUGGCGACAAAGAUAAAUACAAAUUUUGGUCUGCCACUUCUCAUAAUGUCCGUUAUAUCUUUGACUUCUACGAUUUUUUUACUUUAUGAUAUACGUCGGCAUCUACAAGAAGACGAGAAUAACAUUAAGACAUUAAUAAGUCAUGUACACCUGAUAUUCUUCCAUACUCUUCGAUUUCUGUACAUCAGUUACAUUUGUCAGCGAUCGAGAAAUGAAUUCAAGCAAAUGGCGAUCAUUUUGCACGAUGCUUUUCUGGAAUAUAAAUCACUGCGAGCUGAAGUGAUACACUUUUCACUUCAGCUGGUCCAUGAUAAUUUGACGUUCACUGCUUUAGGAUUAUAUGUAAUCGAUAUACCUCUCAUAUGCUCUAUUGCUGGAGCUACAAUAACGUAUCUCAUUAUGGUCAUUCAACUGGAUACAAAAUUAUCUAUAGAAUUGAAUGAAUAUGAUAACGUAACUACUUAUACGUAGAGUUGCUUACCGAAAGUAAUGAUGUUCAAGUUUCUGAAAAGUUUGUGAACAAUUAAUUAUAUGAAUUU